AUGUUCAAGAAGCAUUAUGAUUUUCAGCAAUUACAAACAGCUUGUUUUCCGCAUUUUCGCCGAUCGCUUACGUUCACAAUAUUGCUAUGGGUAAAUUCAACAGCUGUCUCUGGUGGUGGUACUAUUGUUCAUGUGUCUUCGGAUCAAAAUGGAAAUGGAACAAUAGUCGUCCAAACGGUACAAAAUAGUACUCUCACAGCAGCUUUUGCUGGAUCUAUACUAGCAACAAAUACAUGGACUCAUUUAGCGCUUGUUUUCAGUAGUCGAAAUGGGAUACGAUUUUAUGUUAAUGGAACGCUUAGUAAUGCACAACCUAACAUAGCGAAUAUUCUCGCAUUCUGGUCUUUCACUAGUUCACAACUGUAUAUUACACUUGGUAACUCACAAAUUACAGCAGCUACAGUCCCGUCUUGCGAAAAAGGUACACUACCGAUCGUUUCAGGAGCUAUCGACGAAUGUCGACUUUGUAUGACUGAACUGAACGGCGAAGAGAUUUGCACACUUGCAAAUCCGUAA